AUCUACGAUUGCUAAAGGUUUUUUCUGUGAAAAAAUAACACUGGAACUCAUAUUUGAUAUAGUCACCACUCAUGCGCAUGAAAAGUAUAAAUAUUAGUAUUUGAAGAUAAAAAACAUUCAGUGAAUUUUGUCUUUGUAAUAAAUAUGUCUAACGAAUUCGGUCCAUUUGUCUAUUUUUCCUUUAGUGUUAUAGUAAUGUUUACCUUAUUUUUAAUACUAUUUGAAAUAGCAAAACGCAAACAAUUAAGUUUAAUCAAAGAAGGUUACUAUUUUGUUGAAGAAUAUAUAACAAUAAGGCAAACAAGAUUAAUACCAGUACCACCAUCAAAUAUUGAUGCCAGUGAUCCCAAUAAUCCAAGAAUAAUAAAUCCCGCAUUAAUUGAUCGAAAUGCGUGCGGAUGUUGUUUAUAAAAAAAAUGUGUAAAAAUUAUUACAUCUUGUUUUUCGUGUUAUUAAAAAUUUUAACUUAACAAAUAAAAUUUUAUUAAAA